CGCCGAAGCCGAGCCGGGCCGGGAGGACCGGGAGGAGGAGCCGGGCGGGCUGGCGGGCGGCCGGGCGGCGGCAUGGCGGAGCCGAGCGGGGCCGAGACGAGGCCCCAGAUUCGGGUCACCGUCAAGACCCCCAAGGACAAGGAGGAGAUCGUGAUCUGCGAUCGAGCCUCGGUUAAGGAGUUCAAGGAGGAAAUCUCCCGGAGGUUUAAGGCUCAGCAGGAUCAGCUGGUCCUGAUCUUCGCAGGCAAGAUCCUCAAGGAUGGAGACACUCUGAACCAGCAUGGGAUCAAGGAUGGGCUCACGGUCCAUCUAGUCAUCAAGACCCCUCAGAAGGCUCAAGAUCCAGUGGCCACUACUGCUUCUCCCCCAUCCACUCCUGACUCUGCCUCUGCACCCUCCACCACACCUGCCUCACCCGCUGCCCCUGCCCAGCCCUGCGGCUCUGGCAGUGCCACUUCAGAUGCUGGCAGUGGAGGGGGACCCUCUCCAGUGGCUGCAGAGGGGCCCCCAAGUGCUACUGCGUCAAUUCUCUCUGGCUUCGGGGGCAUCCUUGGCCUAGGCAGCCUGGGCCUGGGUUCUGCCAACUUCAUGGAGCUGCAGCAGCAGAUGCAGAGACAGCUCAUGUCCAACCCUGAGAUGCUGUCACAGAUCAUGGAGAACCCCUUGGUCCAGGAUAUGAUGUCAAACCCUGACCUGAUGCGCCACAUGAUCAUGGCCAACCCCCAGAUGCAGCAGCUGAUGGAGAGGAAUCCCGAGAUCAGCCACAUGCUCAACAACCCGGAGCUCAUGAGGCAGACAAUGGAGCUUGCUCGGAACCCAGCCAUGAUGCAAGAAAUGAUGCGGAACCAGGACCGGGCCCUCAGCAACUUGGAAAGUGUCCCUGGAGGGUAUAAUGCUCUCCGCCGCAUGUACACCGACAUCCAGGAGCCCAUGUUCACUGCUGCCCGGGAACAGUUUGGCAACAAUCCCUUCUCUUCCCUGGCCGGGAACUCCGACAGCUCAUCCUCCCAGCCUCUUCGGACUGAGAAUCGAGAGCCCCUCCCUAACCCCUGGAGCCCCUCGCCCCCCACCUCCCAGGCCCCCGGGUCCGGUGGGGAGGGCACCGGAGGAUCGGGGACCAGCCAGGUGCACCCGACAGUCUCGAACCCCUUUGGGAUCAAUGCGGCUAGCCUGGGGUCAGGGAUGUUCAACAGCCCAGAAAUGCAGGCGCUCCUCCAGCAGAUCUCUGAAAACCCCCAGCUGAUGCAGAAUGUGAUCUCGGCCCCUUACAUGCGCAGCAUGAUGCAGACGCUCGCCCAGAACCCUGACUUCGCUGCUCAGAUGAUGGUGAAUGUGCCGCUGUUUGCGGGGAAUCCACAACUUCAGGAGCAGCUCCGUCUGCAGCUCCCCGUGUUUCUGCAGCAGAUGCAGAACCCAGAGUCUCUGUCCAUCCUCACCAAUCCCCGGGCCAUGCAGGCCUUGCUGCAGAUCCAGCAGGGCCUGCAGACCCUACAGACUGAAGCCCCUGGGCUGGUACCCAGCCUUGGCUCCUUUGGGACAUCCCGGACCCCUGUACCCCUGGCAGGCAGCAACUCUGGGUCUGCAGCCGAGGCCCCCACCUCCUCCCCAGGCAUACCAGCCACGUCUCCAACCACAGCGGGUUCCAGUGCCCAGCAACAACUCAUGCAGCAGAUGAUCCAGCUUUUGGCCGGAAGUGGAAACUCACAGGUGCCGAUGCCGGAAGUGAGAUUUCAGCAGCAGCUGGCGCAGCUCAACUCCAUGGGCUUUGUCGACCGUGAGGCCAACCUCCAGGCCCUGAUUGCCACGGGAGGGGACAUCAACGCAGCUAUUGAGAGACUCCUGGGGUCCCAGCUCUCCUGAUCCCGGGCCCGCGCCUCCUGCCUUCCCCACCUCUCAGCGCCAGCCUUUGGCUCCUCUGUCAAGCCCUACCUUCUGUAGCCUGUCUUCUUUGACCUCUACCAACAGCAGGGUGACUCUGGAGGAUGGGCCCAACCAUAGCUCUGUCCAAGGAUUUUGAUUUGGUUGCUGUCUUAUGAAAUCUUCUCCCCUGGUCCUCUGAGCAGAGCUCUCUCGUUUGCACAGUUGUGUCGGUUGGGCCCACCUCCUUGCCCAAAGUCCGUCGGCAAUGUUCAGCCUUCUCCCAGGGUCUGAGAGGAGGACCCCCGUCUGGCUUACCGGAAGUCUUCCAUCGGUACCACUAGGGUUUAGCUUGCCUUACAUUCACUCUUACUCUCUUCCUUCCCCUCCCUCAGCCCAACCAGUGUUUGAAUUUCACUCUCUGGAGAGGAACUGAUGAAAUGCUAUAGUUUUCUUUCUCUGCCCCAUUCUGCAAAUUCACCCAGCAUUUUCUCAUGGGCUCUUUGGGACUCUAAGAAAGAUACCUGUCCUCUUGCCCAAAGAGAGCCAUGCGCAGGCAGUCUGGGCAGGAUUACCAAGAACAGACAAGACCAGCAGAGGCUGGUGCUGAAGAGCAAGAGCUGAGAGUUCCUGGAAGCAGGGACUGGAGGAGACAGCCUGAGCUGAAGGCUCGGAAACCGAAUUGACAGUUGGGUCUAGAAACACCAAUAGAUUUCAGGUUGGAGAACCCAGGCCCAGGCCUGGCAGAAGAGAGAAAGACUGGUGGAAUUUUGAAGAAAGGAGCUUAACAAAGCUGAGCAGUGUGACCCACAAGGAAUCAGGUUUCCAUGGUCUCCAACGUGUGUGGCGUGCACACGCGCACGCACACACACACCCAGGACCUACCUGUAUCUUCAGGCUCUGGUACUUUGAGCUCCACUCCCCAGAAGUUAUGCUGGGGAUUGGAUCUUUCUCAGCAGUAUGGAGAAUUAGUAUAUAUGCACACAUGUGCGCACAUGCAAGUUGGGAGGUGUGUGUUCUUUGUUGGUUUCUGGUUCACUACUUUGUCAACAGAGAUGAGUGGGUACAAGGGCCAGCCUAGUGGAGGAAUAGAGCAUUGGGAGGGAGAGCUGGGUCUCCUGGGCCUCUGGGUGUUUGGUAACCGAAAAGCAUAUUGGGUAAUUCUAAAGACAAUGGCUCUGACUGAUACCCAUGCCACCAUUACUCUUGGUGAAAAAAAGUGAGGUUUCUCUUCCAGAGCUCCUGCCUUUCAAUUCCUUGCCAGCUCCAUCUAGGCCAGAAAGUUCUUUAGAAGGGGUGAGAUGGUGAUGCCUUUAAUAUGGAAUUGGGCUUAGCUGGACCACACGGCAGAGAAUGUACUGAAAGCCGUGUGGUUCAGCUACUUGGAGGACCCCUGGCUGAGAGAUAGAGGUAAGAAGAGGAAUCCUGCUCCAGGUAGGAGGGAUCCCCAGCAGCUCAGACAUGCCUGCCCUUUUCUCUUAAUCCCAACACCCACCCUGGCCUUUGUAAAUAAAUGAUUUUGUUGUGAGAGUA